CCAAACUCUCUUUAGGCGCUCCUUCUAUCUCUUUCUUCGCCUCUCGCUCUCUGGCCGUCUUCGUGGGCUGGAGUGGUUGCUUCUUCCCAAUCUCGGCGAUCUGCCGCUGCCCUCAGCCUUGCCUCCACUUCGGUUGCUUCCACCGGCCGGGUGUAGCGCGUGGCUGAGAUGUGCCAAGUUGGCAAUUGAUACGGAGGAGAUCUGAAGAAUGAGCCUCAGGGAAGGGUGCUGAAGCCGAGAUCCGAACUGUGGUAACCUAAAGAUCUGAUCUUACCCCGUUUCAACUUGGUAUUUUUUUUCCUCCGAGUGUUCGGAGAUUGGAAGUGGCUGAGAUGGGGAGCGGCCGGCCUCUGGGGUUGCUUUUGGCGCUGCUGCUGGCACCAGUGAUGGCGUUCGUGGCUGCCCAGGAGGUCGCGACGACCGCGCCGAGGCGGAGGAACGCGUAUGCUGCGAUGAUGUACAUGGGGACGCCGAGGGAUUACGAGUUCUAUGUGGCGACGAGGGUAAUGAUGAGGUCUCUUGCGCGACUUGGCGUCGACGCCGAUCUCGUCGUCAUCGCUUCCGUGGACGUGCCCAAACGAUGGGUCCAAACAUUGCAAGAGGAAGAUGGCGUGAAGGUGGUUUCUGUUGAGAAUUUGAAGAAUCCGUAUGAGAACCAAGGCAAUUUCAACACCAGAUUCAAGUUGACAUUGAACAAGCUUUAUGCAUGGAGCUUAGUUUCAUAUGACCGGGUUGUUAUGCUCGACUCUGAUAACAUUUUCCUCCAGCGUACUGAUGAACUUUUCCAGUGUGGGCAGUUCUGUGCUGUGUUUAUCAAUCCCUGCAUCUUUCAUACUGGACUUUUUGUUCUUCAGCCGUCGAUGAAGGUAUUCAAAGACAUGCUUCACGAGUUAGAAAUUGUUCGUGAUAACCCAGAUGGUGCAGAUCAGGGUUUUCUUGCAAGCUAUUUUUCUGACUUGCUUGAUCAGCCAAUGUUUCAUCCACCUUCCAAUGGCACCAAGCUCAUUGGUUCCUAUCGACUUCCUUUGGGAUACCAGAUGGAUGCUUCGUAUUACUAUCUGAAACUCCGAUGGAGCAUACCAUGCGGACCAAAUAGUGUGAUCACAUUUCCCAGCGCCCCAUGGCUAAAACCUUGGUAUUGGUGGUCUUGGCCUGUCUUACCAUUGGGUCUUGCUUGGCACGAGCAGCGUCGAGAAAACCUUGGGUAUGGUUCAGAAUUACCUGUCUUGUUGAUCCAAGCAGUCAUGUAUAUCGGAAUCAUAGCAAUCACUCGGUUGGCUCGACCAGGCCUGUCCAAGUUGUGCUAUAACCGUCGACCAGAGAAAAGCAUCACAAUAUUACAUACGACACUCAAGAUAGCAGCAUUUUGGUCCAUACUCGCUGCCUACGCGGUGCCCUUUUUCCUUAUUCCACGAACUGUGCACCCACUUUUCGGUUGGUCGCUUUACAUGCUCGGAGUCGCAUCUCUUCUAUCAAUCGUAAUCAAUGUCUUCCUGCUGCCACCCCUGCCAGUCCUUACGGUACUGCUGGGAAUGCUGGGCUCACUGUUUGUGAUGGCGUUUCCUUGGUAUUCUGACGGUGUUGUCAGGGCGUUGGUGGUCUUUGCUUACGCCUUCUGUUGCUCGCCAAUUGUAUGGUCGUCUCUGAUGAAAGUUAUAGUCUCCUUGCAGAACUUAGUCGAAAGGGAUGCCUUCUUUCCUAGAUUGGGGGAGUCCACCGAGAUGUCGGAGUUCAACAAACUGUAUUGAGCUGCACAGGAAACAGGCCUGCUUCCAAGCAGAUGAUCAGAAUUGACUAAUCGUAUUAAUUUUGAGAAAUUUCCAUUCACACGCGUUGAAAUGCUUGGAUUUUGAUACGAUGUAGGGAGAAUCAAGGGAAUGGCUAGCGAAAAUGGGGAAUGCGGAUUUGUAUGAGCGAGCGAACUCAGGUCACCAGAUGGUUAGGAGAUGAGAAUUCUUGUACCAAUUCGUUGCCCAUAUUUGAUGUGAACCCUUUUACUUUACAGAAUGUUUUAUUUAUUUUCUUGAGAUCGAA